AUGGAGAACCCCCAUGCGGAACGCCAGAACGUCCUCCUCCAGCGCAUCAUCAAAAACGCCGAUAAAUGCACUGAAGCCAUCCUCGAGCUCAACAAAUGUCUCGAGGAGAUCAUCCAGGCGGACGCGCACGUCAAGACCGCCGCUGACCUCGUUACCAAGUACCGCAAGAACGUCCAGUACAACCUCGAAGCCACUCGUUCGGCUGCACACGCCGACGCGUAG